AUGUCGUCCAUUGUUGCCAAAGAGAAACUACAACGCAAUGCAACGACCAAGCUCAACAUCAUCGUUGUCGGUGCCGGUCUUGGUGGUAUAGGCGCAGCCAUAGCACUUCUCCUUGCUGGCCACAAUGUCCGCGUUCUAGAGGCAGCAGAAGAGAUAGGGGAGGUGGGCGCGGGCAUACAAAUUCUUCCAAACUCCUCACGGGUGCUACAAUCAUGGGGGAUGCGGGAGACGCUCGAGCAAUUCGCCACGAAGCCCUCGCGAGUGAACAUGCUGGGAUGGAGGGGUAAUUUGAUAUCAUAUCUUGAUACAAAUGAGUCGGCGGCGGCGUACCCUGGGACUUUUUAUUGGGAUUUCCAUCGUGCUAACCUUCACAAAUGUCUUCUUGACCGCGCCGUCGAGCUAGGAGCCGAGAUACAAGUCCGAGCGCGGGUGAUUGAUAUUAAAAUCGACGGGCCUAAGGCGGAACAAGCAACAGUGGUCUUAUCUUCCGGGCAAGAAUUGGUUGCCGAUCUGGUGGUUGGGGCCGACGGUAUUAACUCGAACCUACGGGAAAUAUUCCUGGGAAAGCCAGACCCGCCAACACCGACAGGGGAUCUUGCAUAUCGACUUUUACUUUCAACGGCAGAAAUGCUCAAAGACCCGGAACUUGCACCCUUUGUCACUGAGCCUCAAGUAAACUAUUGGCUCGGGCCAGACGCGCACGCUGUGAACUACGUGCUCCGAGGGGGAAAGCUGUUCAACAUGGUACUUUUGGUGCCUGAUGAUAUGCCUGUCGGAGGAGCCAAUACUCUCGAGGGCGAUGUGAAAGAGAUGCGGGCGCUGUACAAAGACUGGGAUCCUCGGAUACCAAAGCUGCUCGCUCUGUGUGAAUCCGUGUACAAAUGGCGCUUACAAAUUCGUGUCGGAAUGGACUCAUGGAGUCAUCCGUCUGGCACGUUCACUAUGUUAGGUGACGCUGUACACGCAACACUUCCUUACCUUGCAUCGGGUGCUGGUAUGUGUCUUGAAGACGCCGCUGUUAUGGGUGAGCUCUUCUCAAGAGCACCGAACCCAAGAAUCCCGGAAGUGAAGCAGGAGCUGUUAAGCAUCUACGAACGAUGUCGCAAAGAACGAACCGAAAUGGUGGUCAAGCGAGGUAAUUUGCAGCAGUACUUGUAUCAUCUGCACGAUGGGCCUGAGCAAGAGGAAAGAGAUCGAAAGAUCCGAGAAAAAGAAGAAGGUGAGGCCCUGGCCUGGAGAGAUUCCGGUUUGGCGCCACGACUGUUGGGUUAUCAAGUUGAGAAGGAUGUUGAUACAUAUUGGCCACCCCGUUGCCUGCGUGAAGUAGAACCAGCUUCCCAAGCCACGGAGAUCCAAUCCCGUCUCUAG